GGCAAUGAUCCCGGAUUCUUUUUGUGAAUAAGAAUAAGAUGAAGCACCUCUGAAUAAGAAUCAAUUCACUGUUUCAAAAAAAGUAGGGGAGAAAAAACUGACAUAGCUUAAGAAGGAAAGAUGAAGCACCUCUGAAGUUCAGACAGGUUAACUACCAUUCAACUAUAUUAAAUUUUAGUACAAGUAUUGUGCCUCAAAGUACUACAGUAUGGGUAUGGCUCAAGAUGACCACUGUCAAGUGAAACCAAAGCCUUCACCUGAGCCUAUGGAGCCUCGAAUCUCCUCCAUGAUUCCCACAAGUUCAUGGUUUACACCCAAAAGGCUACUUGCUUUAUUUUGUGUGAUUAACUUGUUAAACUAUGUGGAUCGAGGAGCCAUAGCAAGCAAUGGUGUUAAUGGAAGUAGGGGAACGUGCACUGAGAGUAGUAGUUGCUCUUCUGGUUCUGGAAUACAAGGGGAUUUUAACUUGAACAAUUUUGAAGAUGGAGUUUUAUCAUCUGCUUUUAUGGUUGGACUUCUUGUGGCUUCUCCAAUAUUUGCUUCUCUAGCAAAGAGUGUAAAUCCAUUUAGACUUAUAGGAAUUGGAUUAUCAGUUUGGACACUUGCAACCCUAUGUUGUGGUUUUUCUUUUAAUUUCUGGUCCAUUUCACUCUGUCGCAUGCUAGUUGGUGUUGGCGAGGCUUCAUUUAUAAGCCUUGCAGCACCUUUUAUUGAUGACAAUGCCCCUGUUCCUCAGAAAACAGCAUGGCUUGCAAUAUUUUACAUGUGCAUACCAUCUGGAUAUGCACUUGGCUAUGUCUACGGUGGUUUGGUUGGAAGUCAUUUUGGCUGGCGUUAUGCAUUCUGGGUAGAGUCUUUGCUGAUGCUUCCAUUUGCUAUUUCAGGAUUCUUUAUGAAGCCUUUACAAUUGAGAGGUUUUGUUCCUGCUAGUUCAGAAAAGGGACCGAAACCCGAAGGAGUUGAGGCAGUAGUUCAAGUUAUGGAGGCUUCCAAUGGUAAAGAUGAACCACUGUCCUUAAAAGCAGAGCUUAGAGAUAAAAACUCAGACCAUCAUUCCAAGUCAAAAUCUGCAACCCAAAUUAAUGAGAAGUUUUCAAGAUUUUUGAAAGAUAUGAAAGCUCUUUUGCUUGAUAAGGUCUAUGUUGUCAAUGUUAUAGGCUACAUAGCCUACAACUUCGUCAUAGGUGCUUACUCGUAUUGGGGGCCCAAAGCUGGCUAUAACAUAUACCACAUGGCUGAUGCAGAUCUGAUAUUUGGAGGAAUUACAAUUGUAUGUGGAAUAGUGGGCACUUUAACCGGAGGCUUUGUUUUGGAUUAUAUGGAUAACACCUUAUCAAAUGCAUUUAAGCUUCUUUCAACGACUACAUUUAUUGGUGCAGCAUUUUGUUUCGGUGCUUUCUUAUUCAGAAGCAUGUAUGGCUUCCUUGCUCUUUUCUCUAUUGGUGAACUUCUUGUUUUUGCCACUCAGGGUCCUGUGAAUUACGUAUGUCUACGUUGUGUUAAACCUAGUUUGAGGCCUCUAUCUAUGGCUAUGUCUACUGUGGCCAUUCAUAUCUUUGGAGAUGUACCUUCCUCACCCCUUGUUGGAGUUCUCCAGGAUAGCAUUAACAACUGGAGAACGACAGCAUUGAUUCUAACAUCAAUAUUGUUUCUAGCAGCUGGAAUAUGGUUCAUUGGGAUAUUUUUGCAUAGUGUGGAUAGAUUUGAUGAAGACAGUGGACAUCAAGUAUCAAACGUUGAAAGGUCAAGCACCAUGCCGUUGCUUCAAGAGAAAACCGAAGCAACAUCAGCGUCUCCUUCUCUAUCCCAAGAUCAUUGAUUUUUUUUAUGCCUGUCCAAGAACAAUCGUAGCCACUACGAUGUAAAUAGCAAUGUCUUUUAGUACACUCAUCAAGUAUGUAUUUGAUCUUGGUUGUUGACAAUUAUUUACAAAUAAUAUAGUUCGGUUUUAUGCUCCA